AUGACUUCCAAGCCGCAUUCCGACUGGAUUCCCUACAGUGUCUUAGAUGACGAGGGCAGCAACCUGAGGCAGCAGAAGCUUGAUCGGCAGCGGGCCCUGCUGGAGCAGAAGCAGAAGAAGAAACGCCAGGAGCCCCUGAUGGUGCAGGCCAAUGCGGACGGGCGGCCCCGGAGCCGGCGGGCCCGGCAGUCGGAGGAGCAGGCGCCCUUGGUGGAGUCCUACCUCAGCAGCAGCGGCAGCACCAGCUACCAAGUUCAAGAGGCCGACUCACUCACCAGUGUGCAGCUGGGAGCCACCCACCCAACAGCACCAGCCUCAGCCAAGAGAACCAAGGCAGCAGCCUCAGCAGGGGGCCAGGGUGGGGCCUCUAGGAAGGAGAAGAAGGGAAAGCACAAAGGCACCAGCGGGCCAGCAGCACUGGCAGAAGACAAGUCUGAGGCCCAAGGUGCGGUGCAGAUCCUGACUGUGGGCCAGUCGGACCAUGCCCAGGACGCAGGGGAGACGGCAGCUGGUGGGGGCGCUCAGCCCAGCGGGCAGGAUCUCCGUGCCACGAUGCAGAGGAAGGGCAUCUCCAGCAGCAUGAGCUUUGACGAGGAAGAGGAGGAUGAGGAUGAGAACAGCUCCAGCUCCUCCCAGCUAAAUAGCAACACUCGCCCCAGCUCUGCUACUAGCAAGAAGUCCACGAGGGAGGCAGCCUCAGCCCCCAGCCCCACAGCCCCAGACCAACCAGUGGAUGUUGAGGUCCAGGAUCUUGAGGAGUUUGCGCUGAGGCCAGCCCCCCAGGGCAUCACCAUCAAAUGCCGCAUCACGAGGGACAAGAAGGGGAUGGACCGGGGCAUGUACCCCACCUACUUCCUGCACCUGGACCGAGAGGAUGGGAAGAAGGUGUUCCUCCUGGCGGGAAGGAAGAGAAAGAAGAGUAAAACUUCUAAUUACCUCAUCUCUGUGGACCCAACAGACUUGUCUCGUGGAGGGGACAGCUACAUCGGGAAACUGCGGUCCAACCUGAUGGGCACCAAGUUCACUGUUUAUGACAACGGCGUCAACCCUCAGAAGGCGUCAUCCUCUACUCUGGAAAGUGGGACCCUGCGUCAGGAGCUGGCAGCCGUGUGCUACGAGACAAAUGUCUUAGGCUUCAAGGGGCCUCGGAAGAUGAGUGUGAUUGUCCCAGGCAUGAACAUGGUUCACGAGAGAGUGUCUAUCCGCCCCCGGAAUGAGCAUGAGACACUGCUAGCACGCUGGCAGAAUAAGAACACCGAGAGUAUCAUCGAGCUGCAGAACAAGACACCUGUGUGGAAUGACGACACGCAGUCCUACGUACUCAACUUCCAUGGGCGCGUCACACAGGCCUCCGUGAAGAACUUCCAGAUCAUCCAUGGCAAUGACCCGGACUACAUCGUGAUGCAGUUUGGCCGGGUAGCAGAGGACGUGUUCACCAUGGAUUACAACUACCCGCUGUGUGCGCUGCAGGCCUUUGCCAUUGCCCUGUCAAGCUUUGACAGCAAGCUGGCCUGCGAGUAGAGGCCUCCUCGAGCCCUUUGGGGUUGCCCAGCCUGGAGCGGAGCUUGCCUGCCUGCCUGCCUGUGGAGACAGCCCUGCCUACCCUCUGUAUAUAGGCCUUCUGCCAGAUGAAGCUUUGGCCCUCAGUGGGCUCCUUGGCCCAGCCAGCCAGGAACUGGCUCCUCUGCCUUUGCUGCUGAGGCAGGGGAGCAGCAGGGAAGGGGUGGGUGGAUGGGUGUGAAGGGCUGAAAGUAAUUCUUUCUGUGUCCCAAGAUCAACACACCCCCACUCUUGGGUU